AUGUCGCUGCUCUGCGUCGGAGUUAAAAAGGCCAAGUUCGACGGGCCCCAAGAGAAGUUUAACACCUACGUGACACUGAAGGUGCAAAAUGUCAAGAGCACGACCAUCGCGGUGCGGGGCAACCUGCCCUCCUGGGAGCAGGACUUCAUGUUCGAGAUCAACCGGCUCGACCUGGGCCUGACGGUGGAGGUGUGGAACAAGGGGCUCAUCUGGGACACCAUGGUGGGGACGGUGUGGAUCCCCCUCCGGACCAUCCGGCAAUCCAAUGAGGAGGGCCCUGGGGAAUGGCUCACGCUCGACUCCCAGGUCAUCAUGACCGACAACGAGAUUUCGGGCACCAAGGACCCCACUUUCCACCGUAUCCUCCUUGACACCCGCUUCGAGCUGCCGCUGGAUAUACCCGAGGAGGAGGCCAGGUAUUGGGCCAAGAAGCUGGAGCAGCUCAAUGCCAUGCGGGACCAGGACGAUUAUGCCUUCCAGGAGGAGCAGGAAAAGCCUCUGCCUGUUCACAGCUCCCAGUGCUGCAACUGGAAUUAUUUUGGCUGGGGAGAACAGCAGAACGAUGACCCCGACAGCACGGUGGAUGACCGGGACAGCGAUUACCGCAGUGAGACAAGCAACAGCAUCCCGCCACCGUACUACACCACCUCCCAGCCCAAUGCCUCCGUCCACCAGUACCCCAUGAGGCACCAGCAGCAGAGCUCUCGCGACUCCUACACUGACUCCAUGCAGAGCUACGAGAUGGACUAUUCGGACCAGCGUCCCAUCAGACGCUAUGGUAGCGUAGACUCUGCCGCAAACGGACGCAGCGACGCUGAGUCCGCUUCCGAGUCGAGCAGGCGGACCAGCCGCCAGCCUUCCCUUGAGAGCAGGCGGUCCCUAGACCUAUCGGAUAGCCCCACAGGGAGCAGCCGCUACGCCUCGUCGGCCGAGCUGAGCCAGGGCAGCUCCCAGCUGAGCGAGGACUUCGAGAACGAGAGCCUGCGGGACUCGGAGCUGGAUGAGCGGGACGGCGACUCCUACCACUCCUGCCACAGCUCUGUCAGCUACCGCAAGGACUCGCCCCGCUGGGAGGAGGAGGACGAUGACCUCUAUCUGGAGGAGGAGGAAGAGGAGGAGGAAGAGUUCAAUGAGGACUACAGUGAGAAUGAGGAAGGCUACCCCAAGGAGGAGGAGGAGGAGGAGGACCUACGGGAGCCGGGCACCUACGAAACCCCAGAGCACGAUGCCUACACCCCACCGCAGAAAUCCCCUGGGCUGCAGCAGCAACAGGUCCCACCGCAGCAGCAGCAACUGCAGCAACCCCAGCUGGUCCCACAGCUGAAGCCGCAGCAGCAGGAAAGGAAGGAGGAGAGGAAAGAGGAGAGGAAGGAGGAGAAGGACACCUCUGCGCCCCAGGAAACCCCAGAGGCCCUCCAGGCCCCGCAGGGAGCGGACGAAGCUCCCCUGCAAGAGGCGGCCCCCGAGCCCGAGCCCCCAAAACCAGCUGAGAGGGAGCAGGCAGAGGUGGAGGUGCAGGACCCCAAAGCACGAGCCAAAGCCAACUGGCUGAGAGCCUUCAACAAGGUCUGCAUGCAGCUGCAGGAGGCCCGUGGGGACGGCGAUGGAGAAGCUAAAUCCCUGUGGUUCAAAGGCGGGGGGGCGGCAGUAAGGUUUCUGCGCUGCAUUAACAGCAUGCCUGACAUUAAGCCUGGACGCAAAUCUCUCCCUCUAGUCAGCGAUCUGGCAAUGUCCCUGGUCCAGUCCAGGAAAGCGGGAAUCACGUCUGCGCUGGCCUCGAGCACCUUGAACAAUGAGGAGCUGAAAAACCAUGUUUACAAGAAGACCCUGCAAGCCUUAGUGUACCCCAUCUCCUGCACAACGCCCCACAACUUUGAGGUGUGGACGGCCACCACCCCCACCUACUGCUAUGAGUGCGAGGGGCUGCUGUGGGGCAUCGCCCGGCAGGGCAUGCGCUGCGCCGAGUGUGGCGUCAAGUGUCACGAGAAGUGCCAGGACCUGCUGAAUGCCGACUGCCUGCAGAGGGCGGCAGAGAAGAGCUCCAAGCACGGAGCAGAGGACCGGACUCAGAAUAUCAUCAUGGUUCUCAAGGACCGCAUGAAGAUCCGGGAGCGCAACAAGCCGGAGAUAUUUGAGCUGAUCCAGGAGGUGUUUGGGGUCACCAAGACCACACACACACAACAGAUGAAGGCAGUGAAGCAGAGUGUCCUGGACGGCACCUCCAAAUGGUCGGCCAAGAUCAGCAUCACGGUCGUUUGUGCCCAGGGCCUGCAAGCAAAGGAUAAGACGGGUUCCAGUGACCCAUAUGUCACUGUCCAGGUUGGAAAGACAAAAAAAAGGACUAAAACUAUCUACGGCAAUCUCAACCCGGUCUGGGAGGAGAAUUUCCAUUUCGAGUGCCAUAACUCCUCUGACCGCAUCAAGGUCCGCGUCUGGGACGAAGACGAUGACAUCAAGUCCCGCGUCAAGCAGCGCUUCAAGAGGGAGUCUGAUGACUUCCUGGGCCAGACAAUCAUCGAGGUCCGGACCCUGAGUGGGGAGAUGGACGUCUGGUACAACCUUGACAAGCGGACAGACAAGUCGGCCGUGUCGGGAGCCAUCCGGCUGCACAUCAGUGUGGAGAUCAAAGGCGAGGAGAAGGUGGCUCCCUACCACGUACAGUACACCUGCCUGCACGAGAACCUGUUCCACUUUGUGACGGAUUUGCAAAACAACGGGGUGGUGAAGAUCCCCGACGCCAAGGGGGACGAUGCCUGGAAGGUCUACUUUGACGAGACGGCGCAGGAGAUUGUGGACGAGUUUGCCAUGCGUUACGGGGUGGAGUCCAUCUACCAGGCCAUGACGCAUUUUGCCUGCCUUUCCUCCAAAUACAUGUGCCCGGGGGUGCCAGCGGUGAUGAGUACCCUACUAGCCAACAUCAACGCCUACUAUGCCCACACCACGGCUUCCACCAACGUCUCGGCCUCCGACCGCUUUGCCGCUUCCAAUUUCGGGGUAAGUCCGAUGAAGGAGCGGUUCGUCAAACUCCUCGACCAGCUGCACAACUCGCUGCGGAUCGACCUCUCCAUGUACCGGAACAACUUCCCUGCCAGCAGUCCUGAACGGCUGCAGGAUCUCAAGUCCACAGUGGAUUUACUGACCAGCAUCACCUUCUUUCGGAUGAAGGUCCAGGAGCUGCAGAGCCCCCCACGAGCCAGCCAGGUGGUGAAGGACUGUGUGAAAGCCUGCCUCAACUCCACCUACGAGUACAUCUUCAACAACUGUCACGAGCUGUACAGUCGCGAGUACCAGACGGACCCGACUAAGAAAGGCGAGGUGCCCCCCGAGGAGCAGGGCCCCAGCAUCAAAAACCUGGACUUCUGGUCCAAGCUCAUCACCCUGAUAGUCUCCAUUAUCGAGGAGGACAAGAACUCCUACACGCCCUGCCUGAACCAGUUCCCUCAGGAACUGAACGUGGGGAAGAUCAGCGCCGAGGUGAUGUGGAACCUCUUUGCUCAGGACAUGAAGUAUGCGAUGGAGGAGCACGACAAGCACCGCCUGUGCAAGAGCGCGGACUACAUGAACCUGCACUUCAAGGUGAAGUGGCUGUACAAUGAGUAUGUCACCGAGCUGCCCUCCUUCAAGACCCGUGUGCCCGAGUACCCCGCCUGGUUCGAGCCCUUUGUUAUCCAGUGGCUGGAUGAGAACGAAGAGGUGUCACGGGAUUUCCUGCAUGGAGCACUGGAGCGGGACAAGAAGGAUGGGUUCCAGCAGACGUCAGAGCACGCACUCUUCUCUUGCUCUGUGGUGGACGUCUUCUCCCAGCUCAACCAGAGCUUUGAGAUCAUCAAGAAGCUCGAGUGCCCUGACCCCCAGAUUGUUGGGCACUACAUGCGAAGGUUUGCCAAGACCAUCAGCAAUGUGCUACUCCAGUAUGCCGAGAUCAUCUCCAAGGAUUUCGCCUCGUACUGCUCCAAGGAGAAGGAGAAAGUGCCCUGCAUCCUGAUGAACAACAUCCAGCAGCUCCGUGUCCAGCUUGAGAAGAUGUUUGAAGCCAUGGGUGGGAAGGAGCUGGACACAGAAGCCAGUGAUAUCCUCAAGGAACUGCAGGUGAAACUCAACAAUGUCCUGGAUGAGCUGAGCCGAGUCUUUGCCACCAGUUUCCAGCCGCACAUCGAGGAGUGUGUGAAGCAGAUGGGCGACAUCCUGGGCCAGGUGAAGGGCACCGGCAACGUCCCUGCCAGCACCUGCAGCAGCGUUGCGCAGGAUGCUGACAAUGUCCUGCAGCCCAUCAUGGACCUCCUGGACAGCAACCUGACGCUCUUUGCCAAGAUCUGCGAGAAGACGGUGCUGAAGCGGGUGCUGAAGGAGCUCUGGAAGCUGGUGAUGAACACGAUGGAGAAGACCAUCGUCCCCCCGCUCACUGACCAGACGAUGAUUGGCACGCUCUUGAGAAAACAUGGCAAGGGGACAGAGAAGAGCAGGGUGAAGCUGCCCAGUCACACUGAAGGCACGCAGAUGAUUUUCAACGCAGCCAAGGAGCUGGGGCAGCUCUCCAAGCUGAAGGACCACAUGGUGCGGGAGGAAGCCAAGAGCCUGACCCCAAAGCAAUGUGCAGUGGUGGAGCUGGCGCUGGACACCAUCAAGCAAUACUUCCACGCCGGCGGCGUGGGGCUGAAGAAGACGUUCCUGGAGAAGAGCCCUGACCUGCAGUCGCUGCGCUACGCCCUGUCCCUCUACACCCAGGCCACUGACCUCCUCAUCAAAACCUUUGUGCAGACCCAGGCUUCGCAGGUUCAUGGUGGGAAAGGUAUUAGGUUUACCCUUAGUGAAGAAAUUUAUCCUGAGAAGGGCUCUGGUGUGGAUGACCCUGUUGGGGAGGUGUCCAUCCACGUGGAGCUCUUCACCCACCCCGGCACUGGCGAACACAAAGUCACCGUCAAAGUGGUGGCUGCAAACGACCUCAAGUGGCAGACGUCGGGCAUCUUCCGGCCCUUCAUCGAGGUCAACAUCAUCGGGCCCCACCUCAGCGACAAGAAGAGGAAAUUUGCCACCAAAUCCAAGAACAACAGCUGGGCCCCCAAGUACAAUGAGAGCUUCCAGUUCACGCUGGGGACGGAGACGGGCCCCGAGUGCUACGAGCUGCAGGUGUGUGUGAAGGAUUACUGCUUCGCCCGGGAGGACCGGACAGUGGGCAUCGCUGUCCUGCAGCUCCGCGAUAUCCUGCAGCGACCGGGCUGCGCCUGCUGGCUGCCCCUGGGCCGCCGCAUCCACAUGGAUGACACUGGCCUCACCGUCCUCCGCAUCCUCUCCCAACGCAACAAUGACGAGGUGGCCAAGGAGUUCGUCAAGCUCAAGUCGGACACGCGCUCGGCCGAGGAGGGCAGCAGUUAA